AUGAUGAAGCGUUUAUCAAAGACGAAGAUACCGGAACUUCCAUGGGAUUUGGUUGAGGACAUACUCUGUCGAGUUCCAGCCAAAUCUGUAACACGAUUUCGAUCUACUUGCAAACAAUGGAACCGUUUAAUCAAAGACAAGGAUUUCGCAAGAAAACACUCUGGUAAAGCCCAAACACAGUUUCUAGCUCUCGUAUUGACCCAUGACUUCAAUAUUCAUCCGUUAAGCAUCAAUCUCCAUGGAACUACUCCAUCCGUUGAGGUUAAAAAUGAGCAUCUUAGCCUACCUGAUCCGCAUUCUAUCAAUGUGUCAGCUCACUUCCAAGUCUUUCGUUGCGCUGACGGAUUCUUGUUAUGCACGUCUAAAGACGAAAGGAGAAUCUUGGUUUGGAACCCUUGUACAAGCCAGACCAUUUGGAUCGAAGUCGGCGAUCGUUGCAAGCAUGGCCGUCACUUUAUUCUCGGAUACCACCAAGAAAACAGAUACAGUGAAAAGAUUUACAAGAUCUUGAGCUUUACUCCUGGUUGCAGAAAUUGGGAGAUCUACGACUUUAGCUCUGAUUCUUGGAGGUUUCUUAAAAAAGAUAUCGCUCCAGGCUGGGAAUUUGGACACUUAAAUAACCAUGGCGUGUCUUUGAAGGGAAAGAUUUACUGUUUUGCUACACGACUAUAUGAAUAUCAACGCGGCAGCAUAUUCUUGCUCAGAUUUGACUUUUCCACAGGGAAAGCAUCAUCUGAGCAUGUUGAGCCUCUUCCUUAUUUGCAUCCUUAUCAUCGUUAUAGAACUUUGAAUCUUUCCGUUGUUAGAGAUGAGAAGAUUUCCUUGUUAUUAGAGACUUAUGAUACACCCAAGACUGAAAUAUGGGUGACAGGUAAGAUUGGUGAGAACAAACGGGCGUCGUGGAACAAAGUCUUAGCAUUUGAUUUGGCCUAUAGUUUUAUUUCGGGUUUUGAUAGUUUCUUGCUCGACGAGGUGAAGAAAGUCGCAGUGUGUUGUGAGAGAACCCACGACGUGGAAGACCUUCCCAUACACAACGUGGUAGAACUUACCAUACACAUAGACAAGAUACACAUUGUUGAGGAGGAUGAUAGAUUUACAACAAUGGAUAUUGGAACCGGAGAAGAUCCGGCGGAUUUGUGUUUGCCAGUUAUUAUUCAUUUUGUUCCAAGUUUGGCUCAAAUCGAGCUGGUUGGAGGAGGCAAGACAAGAAACAGACUCAAGAUGUAA